AGAGCGCAUUGGCGAGGAGCGUCCCGACCGGGAGUUCAGUGCGCUUAGUGCAAGUUGGACUUCCACAGUGUCCAGGUCCCCGGGCGGCUUGAUCAUGUUCGCCGACGAAGAAAGAGGAGAAGUGAAAUAGGAAAACAAAACAAAUAAAACAAAAAGCAAAGUGGGACUUGUGAUUGUGAGAGCAUGCAGCCGACUGGGAUCCAGUGACUGGAAAAGGGCCAGUGCAGUGCGCUCCUCGGAUACAUGGUCGACCGGAGGACCCGCGACUUUGGUGUGUGACGACUUGCGCCGGAGGAACCGACUCGUGCCCGCCUGUGAUGGAGAGACUCGUGCUGCUGACAUGGCUCCUCGCGUGUUCGCUGCCGCGGCCGUCGGCGACGCAGAACCCCGCGCCCGCAGGAGUGCUGAACUGCUGCGAGGGGGAUGUCCUGUUCUUGGUGGAUUCCUCGGGGAGCGUGUCGUCCUACGAGCACUCCCGCAUGCUCGCCUUCCUGUCUGAGCUCCUCCUCCCCUUCUCGCUGGGGGAGGACCAGGUGAGGGUGGGGCUUCUGCAGGUGGGCACCGAGCCACGCCUCGAGUUCGGCUUUGACACCUUCAGCUCGCAAAGCGGCCUCCAGGGGGCUUUGAGGAACAUCAAACCCCUCAGGGGGGACACCAACACAGUGGAGGCGCUGAGGAUGGCGAAGGAGGGGGCGCUGAGACCCGGGACAGCGGACGGGGCCCGGGCGGGGCUCCCCAGGGUGCUGGUGUGGCUGACGGAUGGGAUCAAACCGGGGGAAGUGCUUGGACCAAUGGCACGGCUGCGGGAGGAGGGCGUGGCUGUGCUGGUGGUCUCCACGGGACACGGCAACUAUCAAGUGCUGAGGCAGGUGGUGAGCCCGCCUGUGGAGAGCCACCUGUACUUUGUGGACAUUGACGAUAUGAGCAUCAUCACGGAGGACCUGCGGGAUGCCGUCAUUGAGAUUAUCCGAGCCGAACGGAUGCACGUCCGCGACGUGUCCACCAACUCCGCCACGCUCCAGUGGCGACCCGUUCUCUCCGGCCUGACGGGCUACUACGAGAUCCGCUUCGCCCCGGUUCUGACGGGGGGCACGGGAAGUGGCGGAACCGGGACCAGCCCGAGCACCGGCGGCAGUCACUACCAGAGAAUCACUCAGUCCGCCGACGCCAGCACCGCCAGACUCACGGGCCUGAAGGCCGACACCACCUACACUGCCACGCUGACCCCGGAGUCCAACGACCAAGCAUUCAACACACUCUCUGUCACCUUCACAACAAAUCCAGAGGUGCUGAGCCCAUCCGUGGUGACCAUCUCUGAGUCGGGACAAUCCAGCGUGCGGGUGAGUUGGGGGCCCCUUCAGCCGGAGGCAGUCACGAGCUACUACAUCGAGUACUCGGCGCUGCCUCGGGGCAGGCUGCACGCCGUCACCGUGGGCAGAACCCACAACUCCACUCUCCUCAGGGACCUCCAGCCGGACACCACCUACUUGGUCACCGUUAGCGCCCGGCACGCCUCGGGCAAGGAGAAAGCCAUGUCCGUCAAAGUGUGCACUCAGGAAGUGACUCCAGCGCUGGCAGACCUCCAGCUGACCGCAGUGGGCAGUGACUCGGUGCAGGUCGACUGGAAGGGCAGCGUGGCCGGUGGCGUGCGGGGCUACUGGCUCACCUGGGAGGGACAGCGCAGCUCGGAGCCCGGCCAGCGCUCCUCCCUCUAUUUGCCGCCCGACUCUUUGUCCACGCGCCUCACCCACGUCCCACCAUCGGCCCGGGUGUGCGUGUCACCCAUUUACCGGAUGGCCCGCGGGGAGGGACUGUGUUGCACGGCACAGUUUCAUUCAAACGCGUUGGCGUAUGGCUACCAAUCAUAGCAUCCCUGAACUGCAAGUGCACCUUACCAAACAUGGAGAGCUGAUGGCGAGAAGAAUGCUGACUUUCAUCCACGAUUCUGUCUUCCACGCCUCUCCCCCUCUGCGUACAUCAUCCAGGAGCGGUGUGUGUGGUUUGGCUUGCUGAACACUCACCGGUGUGGAAGCCAUAGACACGUAAGAGCGGUCUGUGGACUAUGUUGACUGCUACAAUCUGCAACACAGAGGACUUGGUUUUUACCUUUCUAUUUUUCUCAUCUGGUUUACACCUGUUGUCGAUGUAUAACGCUUCACUGUAAAGAUGCGAGCUGAAAGUAAAGAUGUGUCUUUGGUCUGUUUUUGCAAAUACAGAGCAGGGCAUGCUGGGACGGUUGGAUAUCUUAUGUGGUUUGUUUUUGGAGAAGGGCUUUGCUCCAUAUGUUGGGCCUCACGCCCCAGUCAGCAUUUUUCUUUCCCAAGUCCUUCCAAACGCAAAGAGAACAUCUGAUUCACAUUUAGAAUAAAUACUCAUGACUUGUACUUCAAUGACUUCUCUUUUUAAGCGCAUGCUUGAAAAUAUUGGAUACUUGUGUGUGUGUGUGUGCACAGUGGAGUGCAACGAGGGAAUAUUAAAAUGCGGUCCCUAAACGCAAGGAUCUUCGGGAUUGCUUUCAACAUUCAACAAAAAUUACGAACAGACCAGCCACAUGCCCUGAAACUACGGAAAUGCUGCAAAUAAUACAGAUGUGUGUAACUUAGACUCGUCUUGUACCGGUCUGUGGACAUAGAUCCACCAUAUUCAUAUUUAUUAAUCCAGAAUUGUGUAAGUAUGAUAAUUAAUAGCGCACAGUAUUUACAGACAUGCUGUUUACAUUUUAAGACUGUUACCUUUUUUUUUUUUAAGCAAGUCUUUGCUGCCCUCUACUGAAAGGCUCCUUACAGGCUCACAGCUGAUCUUUCACUGUUACCCUCCCAGAGCAAAAAUAUAUUGUGUUUAUGUCUGUUGACCACUAUUGAAUUUUAACAAGAGCUUGCAAUAAAGUCCUUUAAUAAUUUUGUUUAUA